UUCGUGUAUCUUUAGUUUAACGGGAGCUUUGGUCGUGUACAGACGUUUUUGGAAUUCGAUUGAACGAAAGACAACAACAAACGCGUGCGAUUUUUUUUAAUAUUGUAAUUGUGUUGCUUGUUUUUCUUGUCAAGUGUUUAAAAAACGAAGUGUUUGAAAUAUUUUACAAUAAAAAAAAGAAAAAUUUAUGUAAAAUAUACAAAAAAAAAUAAAUAUAAUAAAAUAAAGUUUUUUAAUGGAAAAAAAAACUUGUUAAAAAGUGGUAUUUAAUGGAAAUUUUGAAAGAAAACCUUUAAAGAAAAUUGAGGGAUUUUAACGACGACAAAUAAACACACUGUAUUAACACUAAAGAAUUUUUGUUAUUUAAAAUAAACGACAACGACGAAAUUAAAUUGUUUUUACCCCAUACAGUUUAAUUUUUCUAUAAAAAAAAACUAAACAAAAAAAAACAAUUUUUUAUAAACAGCUAAAUGUGAAUAUUUUAUGAAACUCUAUCAAAAAAAAGAAAACAGUUAAAAAGAUUUUUGACAAAUUUUGAAACAUCAGACAACAAUUUUUAACAAAAAUUCCAACGAAAUCAAAACACAAUUUGGCAAAACUCGAACCACAUCCAACAUAAUUACAGAAAUUCUAGACAAAAAUUUUCAUUUACUUGAAACUGAAAUGAAAUUUGAAAGAACAAAAGGACAGAAAAAAAGUUAAGAUUUUAGACAACAAAUUGUAGAGAACAUCAACCAAUUUGUCGGCCCACAAAAAGACAAGUUUUUUUUGAUACAAAAACACAAAAGAAAUGCGUGGGUAACCCUUGAAAUUUCAAAAACUGAAAAUUGUUUUAAGAAGAAAACAAAACAAACAUUAAAAUUGAUGUAAUGUCAUUUUAUAUACAAUAAUGUUUGAUAAAUUUCUUUUACAUUUUUACUACGAAAUCCGUACCAAAGUUUAUUUUUAACGAAAAAGAUAAGAAAAUCAAACAAAACAACGAAUUUAUUUUAGACAAGCUGCAGCAAUUUUGCAAAUAAACAAGAAAAAAUUAUUGAUUAAUUUUUUUAAUUAUUGAAAAAAUAAAAAUUGGUGGAAUAAAGGGCAUUUGAAAUGCCUACAGAAUGUGAGCGAAGUAAUACUUCGCCAGUAGCAGCAGCAGCAUCACUUCCAGCCAACUCCACGGAAAUUAAGGAUAAUUUAACGUUAGGAAAUUUUAAUGAAGAUUUAGCAGCAUCUCACUCAAUGAUGGACAGCGGUGAUAUGUCAACUUCACAGACCUCUACUACCUCGAAUGGCAGUAGUAGCUGUAAUGGUGGUAGAAAAACGUCUAUUACAUCUCCGGAUCCCACAGCUUAUGUGGCUAAAGCCAGAGUUACACGACCAACCCCACCACCCCCACCUUAUAAUCCCAUGCAAUUCGUACAAAUCAAACCCUGUAAUUUGUAUCAAACAGCACAAGAACAACUAAAGAAAGCGGAAGAAGUGAAAAAAAUAAAAGAGAUACGCAAGGAGGAGCCAGAAGAUUGGCAAAAUAAUCUGGACAAUUGGAAGUCAUCACGUAGAAAACGUGUCGAACACAUUAUUGAUCGUGUGGUGGAGGUGAAAAAAUUGGAAUUAGAAGAACAUGAUCGCACGCGCAGAAAAUCGAAAACAUUUUCCGAAAUGAUUGAAGAGAGAGGUGAACGCUCCGGUGGCCGAGGCCUUAAUAAAUUGGUUUCUUUGGCUGUUUAUGCAGAAGAUGAAGCAAAUGAUUUAAGCGAUUUAGGCAUUGGCACCAGUAGUGCCAGCGGUAAAAGCAGUUUAUCCGAAGAUUAUGAUAACAAUAGUGUUAUGAGUGACAACGCUGCCGAAUUGGACAAGGCCAUAACCAACAGCACUCACCAUAAACCAGCCACCACAGAAAGCACAACACGUGAAUAUAUUUCAUCGCCCGGCUACGAGACCUCUUCCAGUACAGCACCAGCUAGUUCGCCCGAUCCAUGUGAAUACACCUACGAAGGUGCCAUACAAGACUACAAACAAAGAGUAUCACGAGCCGCCUCCGGACUCACCUCCGUAGCCCUCAACAAACUCACCAGCCAACAGCAACAGCAGCUGCAUCAACAAAACUCAAAAGAGUCCACACCUGAAAGACCCCUUAACAAGGAGACCGCAUAUCCACCCCGGCGUGGCAGUAAAAUCGAAGAUCGUCUAAUGGGUUUCGAAGUGCAAUCGCCCAGCGAAGAGUGCAUGGAAAAGAAUAAGGUGGAUGUGCCCAAGAUUGAUAUAUCCAAGAGGAAAGAAAUCUUUGAAUGCAACGAAACACACAAUCAAGAGUCAAAGUCUCAGCAUGCGGCCGGAGGUAGUAAUAACGCUGGCGUUCCCAGAGUAACAUUAAGAGAUCGUUUUAAGGUCCAGGAGACCAACAGCAGCGAGACUUUGACCGAACAGCCGAAAAAAGAACUGAAACGUUUGUCGGGCGACAUCUGCAGCAUUAAGGAGCGCAUGCAGAGUUUGGAGCAACAACAGCAUAUAGUCAAUGGUGCGAAUGGUGCAACUAAAACCACUGCCAAUAAAUUAGUCGAUAUGCCAGUGCCACCGCUAAAGGAGCGAUUAUCUAGUUUACAAAAUGCUGCAACCAAAGAAGAGGCACGCAAGCCACCAGUUAAGCUGGUCGAUGCCCGCCAGCUGGAGAUUAUGAAAAACGAAGAGGAAAAGGCCCAGCAAACUCUUAAAGAAACGAAAAAUAAUUUAGAAGCUGUCAAAGAAAUAGCUAACGAGCAGGAUCUUAAAGCCCAGCAAAUGGAAGAAAUCGAUAGAGAUGACAGCGGCAUACAUACAGCCGAUGAUGUAGAACUCGAACUGGAACGCAAUCAGGCCGAUAUGAUGAAGAAAGAGCAAGAACUUAAGCUCAAUGCUGCCAUCGAGGCCUUGGCCAAGGAGGAACAGCAAUUAAGUGAAGCCGCCAAUGCAGUGAAUCAAAUUGAAGCUGAAUUUGAAGAGUUAACUUUAGGUUCGGUAUCACUACCGCCUUUGGCUAGCAACUCGAAUGCUUCAACGGCUUCAGCCAUUACUAAUGAUCAUAUGGAAUAUAGUAUCAACGAAGCUCUGGAAUUGGCGCUGGAAGCAAUUGACAAAGAAACGAUACCGCAGCUACAACAACAGCAGCAGCCGCCGCUACAGCAACAGCCAGAGAAUUUGUAUCCAAUAACUGCCCCAUCCAAUAAAACAACCACUAACAAUAACAACAAUAAUAUUUUAAACAAAAUUGAAACGGAAAUUGUAGAACAACCCUUAGAGCAGCAGCAACAACCGGCAGUAGAAGCAAAAGAAGAAAUUUUAAUUAAUAAAACCGAUGAAGAGAAAUGUGAGAAAUUAAAAUUGGAAGAACAUUUCACCAGCACCUUGGAAAUUAAGGAAAAAACUGAAGAGGAAAUAUCAAAAGAACCCAUUUAUGAGAAUAUUAUUAACUCAACAGCAACAGCUACUGCUGAGGUAGAUGUUGCCACAUCAAAAACAGCUUUUCAACAACAACAACAACAGCAGCAGCAAAUCAUUCCAAGUAUGAUGAGUAAAACACAAAUUGAUAUUGAUCUUACAACAACUAAUAACGAUUCCAAACAAAAUUUCAAUUUAAAUAAUAAUCAAAAUCCAAAUCUAAAGCAAAAUCAAAUUCAAAAUUCUAUACCAACCAAUCAAAUUAAAGCUAAACAAAAUUUAUCAGCAUCUAAUCAAUUAAAAAAUAGUCAAAUUAACAGUUUUAACUGUCAAAUUAGUAACAACAAAAGCAACAGCAACAGUAAUAAUAAUAAUAAUAACAACAAUAAUAAUCAUAAUAACAAUAAUAAUUGUAAUAAUGUAGUUGAGUUAACAAAUGCUUUUGCUAAUACAACAAUAACAACAACAACAUCAACCACAACAACAACAGCAAAGACAACAACAAACAAAAUCUGUAGUGAUUUAUCCACCACAGCCCCUAACAACACCAACACAACAUCUUUUAAAGAAAUCACCUUCAAUCAUCUUGAACAGCCCAGCAUCAUUAAACCAGCCACUGUAGAGGACAUCCAACCAUCUGCAACUUUAGAAAUCGAUUUAUUAACCCCCCCAACACCACCAGCAGCAGCAGCUAAAGAAGAACUAAUUAUCAGUCUUAACUCCAACUCCAACACCAGCUCAGAAUUGAAUAUGGAACCCUAUUAUCAAGUACCCAAACCUACAGAACCCUAUUAUGAUGCGCCCAAACAUUUGAAACCGGUACCGGUCUAUGAAAACAUCGAGAUUUUCUUUAAUGGCAAUUUAACGGGAGAUAUAACCACCGAGUUAAGCGGCCAUUUACAACCACCCAAAGAAAAACCUCCACCACCCCCCAUAGACAGUCCUCCACCAUUUGAUGAUGUGGACAGCAGCAGUCACACCGACACCUGGUCAUCGGAUAACACUUAUGAAACCCUAACACGACAUCAACUCAAUCAUCACAACAGCAACAACUCUCAUCAUUUAUCCCCAGAUCAUCCUUCGCCACCCAUUAAACGUAUGAACUCAACCAAACGCAUUAAAAAAGAAUUGCGCAAUAAACGUUCUAGUUUCUUGGGUAUUGAGGGUUCUUCUUUGGAUGAUGAUGAAUCAUAUUUGGAGCUAACGGUGGCCCCACCACCCGAUAUGGCUCAAUUGUUGCAGGAGGAGCGUCGCAUGGAGAAACAGUUGUAUUUGAAGGCGGGUUUAUGUGAUAGUUCGGAUACAGGUGAAAGUCGUGAUUCCGGUGUCUCUGAGAAUCAUUCUCGCCAGAGUAGUGAACACUACACCAACUCUUCGGAAGAGAAUGAAACACACGAUGACACCACCUCACCGCUAACGCUGCAAACACAAACCGGCCUGGAUGCUGCACCAAAUGAUAUGCUAUACCAAAAUGAUGGUCUACUCACCGUAGUGCCAACACCACUACUGCAAACAGUCAAAGGCAAUUCGGCCGAAUCGUGGACCGAAUCGGCCACCGUAGCAGCAGCAGCUACACAAUCGUUGACCGAGGCUACGGCUACAGCAAAUGCUAAAAUGAUGUCCAUAGAGGAGAAGAUCAGAGAGCAGGAGGAGGUUUUGAGAGUAGAAAGGGAACUAUUGCAAUUGGAGCAGGAGGAAUUGAAGAGACAAAGAGAAAAUCUCAUGUUAAGAGAGAAUAUGGCACGCAGAGAGUUACAGCAUGGCGCCAAAAUGUUAAUGUCGGCCAAUAGAAGAUCUUUGCAAGAUCUUAAUGGUUUGGGAGCCAUGUCUGUGGUUAAUAUUAAUGGUGAUGCAGGCAAUAAUAUGGAAAUGUAUCAUUCUCAAAUGAAUCAUAAUAUGCAGGCACAACAACACCUGUUAAGUCAAACACAAUUGGCUCAGCCACAACAGCAACAGCCACAGCCGCAGCAGCAUCAGUCCCAACAAAUCUAUGCUAAUAUUCCAAAUUUACAACAGCAAUACUAUCACAUGGAAACCGAUUAUCGCAAGUCCAUGUCCGAUAUUAAUGAGUUCUCCAAACGUAUGAUGUCACAACCUCCUGCACCACCCUCCAAACCCAUGCGUGCCAUGCAUAUCAAUACCAAUACCUCGACGAAUGGCAUGAUGGUUAAUGGUGAGCAGCAGGAUUAUGCUGCCCGUCAAAGACACUCUUUGAAUUCACAAACAUUUGGUGGUUCUUUGGUUAAAAUCGCCCCAGCUCCCACAGCUGCGCCUAGAAAUGCUCCCCACAUCUAUUCCAACUAUCAUCAUCAGUCGGUGCAGAAUUUAAGUUCCACUACCACAAAUCAGACUCAGCAACAGCAGCAGCAGCAGCAAGUGGUCAGCAAUGCUGCUGUCACAGCAAAUCAGUCUCUGUAUCCCGGCAAUAUGUCACGCAAUACCUUACAUGCUUUAAGUGCUACACCCAAGCCCAAAUACACCGAUGGCUGGGUCCAAGUCCAGCAACGCAAGUCUUACGACAGCAAUUUGGCCAAUGAUCCCGCCUGGCUGUCGGCCUAUCAACAGAAACGAAAGUCAAUGCCUGAUACUUAUCAUGGCUACAAUCAAAAUAAUCACUGGUUGAUUCAGGAGGCCGAACAGAGGCGUUUAAGUGAGCAGCAACAGCAGCAACAGCAAAGAAGAACUGUCACUUCAAAUACCACUUCUAUUCAUCAGUCUAAUAACAAGUUAUCGAAUGGCUCUGCUUUACUGUCUUCCUCGACAAAUGGCAAACCUUUGCCCGAUUCCAUUAUACAAACUCUAACGGAAAGAGUGCAAAGCAAAGGCAUUGGUGAGAGAAAAAGAAAUAAUUUGGACAAAAGUCCUUUACAUGCCGCCUCCACCUACCAUCAAUAUCAGCAGCAAUACAACAAUAAACUAAAUCAACAGCAGCAACAGCAACAGUCCGUCUCCAAUGCUGCCAUACACCGUCAUAAUAAUAUUAUUUCAACAACAUCAGCCUCCACAACGUCCACGUCCUCCACUACGAUCACUGGCCAGUCAAAUCUAACUACCACCCAGCAGCAGCAGGACAAAGUUUUGAGUGUUAGUGGCAAAAAGAAAUGUUCUCAUUGCGGCGACGAAUUAGGACGUGGAGCUGCCAUGAUUAUUGAGUCUUUAUUACUAUUCUAUCAUAUCAACUGUUUUAAAUGCUGUGUGUGUCAUGUCCAGCUGGGCGAUGGUCUGAAUGGUACCGAUGUUCGAGUGCGCAAUCAUAAAUUACACUGUCAAAAUUGUUACUCAAGUGAUGAUGGCAUUAAGUUUAGUUGUGUUUAAGUAAAACAAAUUAUAUUUACAUUACAUACCUACAUAAUUAAUUGUUGUUAUUGUUAAAAACGAAGAUUUUAAGAAAUAAUAAUAAAUUAAGGCUUAAAAUAAAAAAAACUUACAUUAAACACUUACAAAUAAUACAUACGUAUUUGUUAACCAAGUUAAUAAUAUUAUAUGUAUUUAACGAUUUAAAUUUUUGAAAUAUUUAUAACAUUUUCUUUUUUUUUAAAUAUUGAAUUUUUAACAUUUUUUAAAAAUGUUUGCAAAUUUUGCUUUUUUUUAUAUGAAAAAAAACAUAUUUUUCAAAAAAUCUCUUUAAACCCCCCAUUGGUGUCUUUUUUAUGCUAAAAAUAACAAUAAUAUUUAUAAAAAACUCUUUCUUCCGCUCUCUAACUGUGUUUUAUAUAAAAAAAAUUAUACCCUUUAAAUUUCAAAGAAUUUUUAUGAAAUUUUUACAAUAAUUAUUACAUAUACCUACGUACGUACAUACAUAAAUAUUAAAGGCUUGAAAAAAAUCUCUAUGGAAUGUUAAAUUGAAAUUUAUGCUGUUUAAGAAACGAAACUAUUAAAAUGUUAUUGAAUUUUUAAAUUUAUUCAAAUACCCCCCUAAAGCAAAUAUUUAAAAAAUUUAUUACAUUAAAUUUAAAACUAACUAAUUGUAUCAUAUCAUUAAUUUAUUUGUAAAAAAAAAAAUUGUUAAAUAUCCUUACAAAUUAUGUUUUAAUUAUAAACAUUUCUCUAUUUUUGGCUUUAAAUUGUGUAAAAAAUUAUUCAAAUUGUAUAAAAUAUUUAACAAAAAAAAAAUAAUUAACUUUUUAUCUCAAUCUGGUUUGUAAUGGAAAUCGUUAUUGGAAAUGAAUGGAUUUUAAACCAAAAAGGGUUUGAUGAAUUUAUUACUUUCAAUUUAAUACAAUUCCAUUAAAGUUCAUCACAUUUGUUGACUUAAAUUAUUUGAAAUUUGUCAUUUGUGCUGUUUUUUUUGAAAGGAAAUAACAACGAAAGAAAUCCUUCAUACACUUUCAAAUCGAUCGUUUUGAUACUGAUCGAUCGAUUUCCAUUAUAUUCUAAUUUUAACAUUUUUCUAUGUUUAACUUUUAUAUUGAUUGUAUUUAAUGAUGAAACAAUUACUAUUUAUACAUAAAUUCUUUUUUUAUAUUUUUAUUUUAUUUUAUAUUUGUAUGUUAUUAUUAUUAUCAUUAUGAUUAUGCUCUUUAACCUUUAAACACCUUAUUAAUAAUUAAUUAACAAAAAACUUUAUAUUUCUGUAAAAAGGUAUGCUUGAAUUAUUAUUAUUAUACUAUUAUUACUAUUAUAUUAUUACUAUUAUUAUUUUUAUCUUUUCGAAACAAAAAAUGUUAGUUGUUUAAUCACAAAUCAAUAAACAAAAAAAAUACACAAAAA